AUGUCAAGUGGUAGUACUAUUGUUUCGUCUGACAAGUCAGAACGAACAUUUAAACAUGAGGAAGAGCUACCCAAGUUACCAUUACCCAAACUAUGUGACACUUUGCAGCGUCUCAAGGAGAGUUUAGAACCAUUGUAUUAUGCUGAUGGAUACUAUCAACAUCCUUUAGAUCCGGAGCAAAUUGAGAAAUUGUCAUCCAUUAUCGAAAAUUUUGAAGAAAAUUCAGUGAGUGAAAAGCUGCAAUCUAAACUACAGAGUUACCAUGAUACCAGUGAUUGUUACCUUGACGAGUUGCAUCUAGACAUCAAUAAUCAAACCUCUACCAGAGAGAUUCAGGACGAUGUCUUGCCUAGGAAUCCCUUCUUGGUUCUCGCAGAUGACGCUUUGCCGAAUAUCACUCAAGCUGAUAGGUCUGCCGUCUUAGUACACUCUGCGGCCAGGUUUAUUUCUGCUCUAAAACAGGAUUUAUUGCCGCCAGAUAUCAAUGCCAGCAAUGGUAAACCACUAUCAAUGGCGCCAUUUCUGAACUUAUUCGGUACUACUCGUAGCCCUGUUUUUCAGCGCGGUGAGGUUGAAAGUUUCGACUUGAAUAAACCUUACACUGCAUCUGAUCUAGAAGACCCUGAUUAUUCAGGCGAUGAGGGCGAUAAUGGCGAACCUUCCCAAAAGGAAUCGGCUGACCGUAAAAGAAAACGCGAAGAAGAUAUAUUCACCGGCAAUGGUAUAACAAUUAAAAGAUAUCCGGAGAGCAAACACAUCCUAAUCAUCUCCAGGGGCCAAUACUAUACGUUAGAAAUGCUUGACUCGACGAAUAAAAUUAUAUAUACUGCGGCCGAAUUGACCACAAUCUUCAAUCAUAUUAUAAAAGAUUCAUCAGGUACAGAGAAAUCAACUGCGUUAGGCAGCUUGACCUCCCAUUCUUUUAGAAACUGGAAAUAUGCUAGAAAGAGACUACAAAAAAGGUAUCCAAACGAAUUGCACCGCAUAGACUCUGCUCUGUUCGUUCUCGUCCUGGACGAAUCACAAGAGGAAACCACCAAUGAUGAUGGCGAUACUGCCGACAUCAGUCAAAUGUUUAACAGGACUAUCACUGAACGGGACAAGAAAUGUACUUCCGCUAAUUGUAAAAGAGUGUUUUAUGGUACUUCUAUAAUAAACAGCAAAGGCCAUCAAGUGGGUUCGUGUGUAUCUCGUUGGUAUGAUAAACUACAGCUGGUGGUCACUGCAGAUGCGAAGGCCACGGUGAUUUGGGAUUCCUUCACAUGUGACGGGUCAGUUGUGCUUCGGUUUACUUCGGAAAUUUAUACGGAAUCAGUCUUAAGAUUAGCUAGAGAUGUUAAUGCCGGCGAUCCACAGUUUUCACUAUGGCCCAACGUGACACAAAUGGAUCCUGAAACCAAAAAAUUGAUGACGGCAACCAUAAGUGCCGACGGUGGAGGCCCUUCUGAAAUCGAUCCUAAGUUGGUUGUGGACAAAAUCGAUUGGUCCUUUAGCAACAUCUUGAACACACAUGUCCAUUUGUCAGAGACUAAACUAGCUGAUUUGAUUUCCAAAUAUGAUAUUGUUCGCGCCUCCAUUCCCUUAGGCAGAAGGUCUGCUCAAAGGCUAGGAAUCAAGCCCGAUUCGAUGGUUCAAGUAGCUUUACAAAUAGCUCACUAUGCUUUGUAUGGAAGAAUGGUGUUUGGAUUGGAGCCAAUAUCCACACGUGGUUUCAAAAACUCGAGAUCCUCUUUUAUUAACAUUCAGAAUCAAGAGCUGUUGGAACUAUGUCAGUUAUUUAUUUCUAGUUCCAUUGAUGGGACAGGUAAAUUAGACAAAUUUAUUCAGACCUGCGAAACACAUCAUGAAAUGGUUAAACAUGCAAAGUCAGGUGUCGGUUAUGAAAAACAUUUCAAUGCGCUGAAGUAUCUCUUCAAGUUUCAUGACCAUUUCGGUAUCUCCUUAAAUGAUGAUGAAUCGUCGGCUGCGAAAGACCUUUUUGAAAAUCCACUGGUUUUGCCUUUCUCGCAACCUGAGUUGAUUGUUGCCAACUGUGGUAAUGCUGCUACCACGACCUUCGGCAUAACGCCCGCUGUGCCUCAGGGCUUCGGGAUAGGCUACAUCAUUAAAGAUGAUCAGGUGGAUUUGACUGUAACAUCGCAAUUUAGACAAGGUGACAGGUUGAUGUUCAUGUUAAAUUGGGCCUUAGGUGAAAUCCGCUCUUACUGGAGGAUGUCACGCGGUACUUCCCAUAAUAAAACAGGCGUGAAGAUCAGUCCCGUGGUCGAUAAAUUGUAUGAAAUGGACAAUGCAGUCAAUAACCCUCCGAACCGUAACGGCCAUCCAGCCACCGGCUCUCGCAAAACGUCUUCGUCACAAGUAAAUUUGAACAGGUACGGUGGGUUUUUCGAUUUAGAGGGUCACAUUGACAGUAGAAAUAUCUCUAAAUCGCCAUCGAUGAAGAAUUUACAGAAAACCUUCAAUGGCUUGACCAUGAGUGCAGAAAAUGAUCAUUCAAGCUCCGCAGUAUCCGUUCCCACAGAAAAGGAAAAAUUAAAUACAGGCCAUGAAAUUUUACAGAUCCAACCACGGGAGGUGGCAAGUAAUGGGUUGGAAGCAGGUGAUGAGACAGACACCGAAAUAAUUGCUGGCAAUACCGACGGUAUAUCUUCUUCCUCUUCAGCUACAUCUCUAAAUUCCAAGAAACGUAACGUCAUCAACUCAAGAUUCGAUAUUGAUUUUGACCGCAGCCGUGUAGGUAGAAAGGUGGCUACCUUAGAUCAAUAA